AUGAUAUUAAAUGAACUAAUAAAUAAAGAAUUUUGGUACAUCAAUAAAAACUGGAGAAUCAGACAUUAAAUUCUAACAAUUCAAAUCGCUAGUUUAAUUUUAGUUUUUGGCUUGUUAACUACAAUAAUAAUUGUUGGUUAAAUUUUAGUUUAAAGAAACAUAUAAGAAUCUGCAGAUUAAAUAUUUAUUAAAUAAACAAAAUAAGAAUUAAAUCGUGUAUGGAUGUACAAGAAUAACAUUCUAGCACUCUUAAAUUCUGCUGAUCAACAUAUUUCAAUUAUCAAUAAAUUUAAUUAAUACUUCUAAUAAAAUUCGUUUACAAUAGUCGAUCCUGUGUAAUGCUUAAAUAAGGAGAAUAUAAAUGAUUCAUAUAGUUAUAGUUCAUCAUACUGUUUUGGUAUAUUUAAUGAAACUUGUACUUAAGAAGACAUUAAAGAGUUAAAAUUUGUUUAUUAAAUAACAUCAAUUCUUACAUAAUUUAGAAACUCAAUUGAUAAUACAUAAGCUUUAUAUUUUAGUCACUCAAACUACGCAUAAUUCUAUACCAUAAAUAAAGGAUUUUAUUUUAAACCUGGAUUUAAGCCACAUUCGAGACCAUGGUAUACGUUUCAUCGAAAUUAAACAAUCAAUAGCAAUGACUCCAGAUAAAUAAUUUAUGGAAAUCCUUACAAAGUUUUUCUAAGUGAAGAUGGAAUACGUAUUGCAAUGACUUAGAAUUUGUUAAGUUUGAAUGAUAAAAUAGAAGGAGUUAUUGCUAAAGAUAUUAGUUUUAAUUAAACAUAGACUUUUAAGUAUUAAGAUGAAUAAACCUCAAUUACUAUUAUUAAUCUAUAAGGAUAGGUUAUUUAUAGUAAACUUUAUGAUAAUCCUAAUUAAACCUUAUUUUCUUUAUAAGAAUAAAAUUAUUCUGGCUUCAAUCAAACAGACUUUGAAUAAAUUAUAAAUUAUCAUCAUAAAUUAAAUUAUUCUAACAGCUGUGUUGAUUUCAAUUAAUAUACAGAUAUACUUUGUAGAUAUAAUUCUAAAUUAAAUGAUCAAAGCAUCAUUCAAACUGCUAAAAUAAACAAAACUCCUUAUAUUCUAUUACUUAUAAAAAAUACUAACUAUUUGAAAAUGUUAUAAUAUUUUUAAUUGUCUCUUAUUAAUGAUGAGUAUAAUAAUUUAACUUAUUACAAUCUCAUUAUUUUUAUAUGCAUAACAUUAUUAAUCAUAUUUAUUGCUUAUUUGAUUUCUUUUGUAUUAUUAAAUCAACUAAAUGUUCUCAUAUUAUAAACGAAAGCACAUAUUUUUGAAAAACGUGUUUCUACUUUUAAGAAAGGAGUUUUUAAAAAAGAAUAUUAUUUUUAAUCAACUUAAGUAACAAAUUUACUUUCAAGUGUUAUUGGAUUAAUGCAUAAUAGAAAAUUUAAUAAAAAAAAUGAAGAAUGUUUGUUAGAGGAAAGAAAAAAGUUUCCAAAAAUCAUCAAAAUGAAUUAGAUAAUAAAAAAUUAAAUUAAGGAUUCAAUAGAUUAAUUACCAAAAACAGUAUUAUUUAAUAGGACUAAAAUAAAUCAAUAAGAAUUGAAUAUGCUCAUAAGUUAUAUUAAACAUACUGAUAAUCUUAAUUGA